AUGCGGGGCCCACGAGCAACGGUCGAACGGCUCGACCAACCGAGCGCCUAUUUCAAUAACCGAAACAAACGAAGACGAUUCGACAACAAGGAUCAGCGCGAUGGAGACGACGAUACUAACAUGCAGAACGACCAACCCGAGGAGGACCCCUUGAAAGAUGCGGCUACCAUUUACGUUGGCAACCUGUCUUUCUACACCACCGAAGAGCAGGUAUACGAGCUAUUUUCGAAGUGUGGCGAGAUCAAACGGUUGGUCAUGGGCCUUGACCGCUUCACAAAAACACCAUGCGGUUUUUGCUUCGUCGAGUACUACACCCAUCAAGACGCACUCGACUGUAUGAAGUACAUCGGCGGGACGAAGUUGGACGAGCGCGUAAUUCGAACAGACCUGGACCCAGGCUUCACCGAGGGUCGGCAAUAUGGCCGUGGCAAAUCUGGGGGGCAGGUGCGCGAUGAGUAUCGCGAGGACUAUGAUGAGGGACGUGGUGGCCUCGGCAGAGCCAUUCAACCGUCUCGGAGAGACCGUGAGGCGAAUAACUACGAUGAUGAUCACGGGCGUUUAAGAUAG